GUGUUUAAAAGAUGGUAUAAAAUACAUGAAUUCAAUAAAAGCCUAUUAGUUUUGUUGAAAUUUCAAACCUUCAGCAAUAAUACCGGAAUCUGAUCGCAAAUACAAACGAAUUACGCCUUCAAUUUUGAUAUAGAUUUUAUCAAUCAAUUUCCAUUGAUUGUUAUUUAUUUUCAUGAUAAUAAAUAUUUUAAAAUGGGUUCCAUCCAUUUUGAAACUCUAUGUGUGCUUUUAUUUGUUUUUCAUAAAACUAACGCUUUGGACGCACCAAAAAUAACGAAAACUCAGUGUCAUGACCAUGACGUGGAACUUUCAUGGGAAAUAAAUGGAUAUACUGCUGAUAUUGAUCACUAUACAAUUGAGCGAAUCUCUUUAAAAGCAACGGAGGCCACUUGGAAGAUAGCCGUUGAUAAAGUAACUGAGACUUCCCUUACGGUUCCGUUGCGUCAAGGUGCCAAAAAUAUGUUUCGUGUCAUUGCAAAAGAUAGAAAUGGAAAAUCAAGCAAACCAAGUGAAACAAGUAAAUAUUGUACAUGGAAACAAGAUGUUCCAUACACAAAUCCAACUGGUGUUUUUUCGACCGGAGGUGUAGAACCAGGAAUUUCAAUCAUUUCAUGGAAAGCAAUGCCAGAAUCGGAGUAUAAUGGUCCUGGAUUCUUUUACCGAGUUUUUUGGAAAAAGAAUGGAAAUAAAGAAUGGAUACAAGUAAACAUCCCAGCUACACAAACACGAUGUGUGAUCGAUGAAAAAGUAUUCUUUCAAUUUGAGUUCAAAGUGAUUGCCGUAAAUGAAUUAGGUGAGUCGAAUGCGAUUCCAGAAGUACAUACUGGUUAUACUGGUGAGGAUCGACCAAGUGCAGCGCCAAAACGAUUUUCCGUUAUUGUGACACCAUCUAGUGAUACACAUGCAAUCGCCACAUUCAAAUGGGAUAGUGUUCCAGAAUCAAAUUUCAAUGGACAUUUGUGUGGAUACAAAAUUCAGAUAUGGAAAGCAAAUAGUACAGACGCAGUAUAUGCAGUAACUACAUAUCGAAAUGAAUACACAGAAAAAAUGAAAAUCAAUACACUGUACUAUGCCACAAUUCGAGCGAUAAACUAUCAUUAUUAUGGUCCAAUGAGCAAUAUUAUUGAAUUUAGUAGUGAAUCAAAUGUUCCGGAUCAAAUAAAGCGUCUUGAACAAAUUCCAUUUGGUUCGACUGCAUUGAAAUUGAAAUGGGAACCACCAGUACGGUGGAACAGUCGACCAUUCGGUUAUAAUAUUUAUUACAGAGGAAUUAAAGAAGGGUAUGGAUUUCCACAGAGGAAAAAAGAUAUUUAUAAUCCAAAUAUUACGGAAACAAAAUUAUAUGGAUUGAGACCUAACACCAAAUAUCAACUGCAUAUUGCCGCUUGGGGAGCAUCGUCCCAUGGGACGCUGGGUGGCGAAGGAGUAUCCCUGCCAUUCACUUUUGAGACAAAAGCACCGUCAGAACCAAAUGUGCCAUCGUUGACAUGGGAACCACAAGAUCCACUUAUUGGUUACAAUGGAUCGGUUCGCGUCUAUUGGAAGCCAAUUAUUCAUGAUGGCAAUCCUGGAAGCUAUUUUUAUGUGAAGUACCGCAUCAAAGACACUGAUGAGUGGAGGAAAACAGAAUACAUUUAUGAUAAUGACUACACUAUCGUUAUAUUAAAACUACACGCAACGUAUGAAAUGGCUGUUGUGUCGGUCGAUGGACGUCUCUACGGAUCUGAUUAUUAUGAAACGGCAAGUGCCAUUCAAUUAGUGUCAAGGGAUAUUUUCGACAGAACUGAGAAGACAUUAAAGAGAUAUGUUAUAAUAAUAGUUGUAUCAAUUGGAUUCUUAAUAGUUGUAGUUACUGGUGGUCUCAUUUUGGAAAAGAAGAGGAAAACGAAGAGUUCCGACGAAACAAAUUAAAGAAUAAGUGAAUGAAUAUUUAAAAUUGAUGGAAACUCAAAUAAAUUUAAGAUUAUAGUGGAGAGAAGCA